AUGUGGGUUAUCUCCAUAGAACACCAAACACUGCUCAGGAGUGGCAAAGCCAUAGAAGAAGCUUUUGCUGAAAAGUGGAACCUGCCACACUGUGUUGGUGCCAUCGAUGGAAAACACGUUAUGAUAAAAGCACCAGCAGGGGGUGGCAGCACUUUUUACAAUUAUAAAAGUUUCAACAGCAUUGUGCUGAUGGCAUCAGUUGAUGCAGAUUAUAAAUUUACAUUUAUUGAUGUUGGAUGUAAUGGACGAAUAUCAGACGGAGGAGUUUUUGCCCAAACAAGUUUAUUUUCGAUGCUAGACAAUAACUUGCUUGAUCUGCCCAGCCCAACACCUUUGAUUCCAGGUAGUGAGCCUGUGAAUUAUUUUAUGGUUGCAGAUGAGGCGUUUCCUUUGAAAUGUUAUCUGAUGAGGCCAUAUCCUGGUAAAAAAAUCUCUCCUCAGCAAAGGAUUUUCAAUUAUCGACUGUCCAGGGCAAGGCGUGUUGUUGAAAAUGCAUUCGGGAUAUUAUCAAAUAGAUUUCGUAUCUUGAUGCAACCAAUACAGCUGCCUCCUGCGACAGUUGAUAAAAUUGUUUCUGUAUGUUGCUGUUUGCAUAACUUUCUACGAGAAAGACCGUCCAGGCAAUUGUAUACACCAAGAGAACUAAUCGAUCAUGAAGAUGAGGACUUUAAUUUUAUACCUGGAUCAUGGCGAAAUGAGGAAUCGCUAAGUAAGAUGAAAUCCCUGUGUAAACAAAAUGGUUAUAACACAGGGUCUGCUGAAGCAAGGCUGAUUGCGAGAAAACAUUUAUGAUUAUGUAAAUAAUGAAGGAAAAGUUG